CUUUGAGAAAUACCUGCGGAAAACGUCCAGUGGACGCCACUCUUCUGCCGUCUCGUCCGAGCAUCCAUGUAUAAAGCCACUUUACUGCUAGUGAAAAGUAUCUGUGCCGCUUCUGUUUCUAACCGCCAUGUUUUCUUUUAUCUUCACAGAUCACCCGGAGAAAUUGUUUCCUUGUUCUUCGCCUUUUGAGAAAAAUGAAGUCUCCAGUGUUUCUUCAAUUAUGUGUUGCUGCUCUCACUCUCGCCGGACCACUUACAGAUAGACAGGCAACUUCCAAUUGGACAAUAGGUCAGACCGUUCAGACCAGUAGUGGUCCUGUUGCUGGACAUGCCGCGAGAAAUCAAUCUGGAGUCUCAGAAUACCUAGGCAUUCCUUUUGCACAACCGCCAAUUGGCAACUUAAGAUUUGCUGCUCCCGUCAAAUAUACGGGAAGUGCAACCCUCAAUGGAACCAGCUUUGUAAAAACCACUCCCAUAAUACCAAGUUCAUUGCUAAUUCUGAGCUAGGGAUUUUCCUGUCCUAUACAAGUUACCAACUCUACUUCAGUCCCCAAUGUAGCUUUAGCGAAUGUUACCGCAGCUGGGGUCGCAUAUCUAGCCAGCUCACAGCCACGAUCAAGAUUCGAUGAGGACUGUUUGACAUUGAAUGUUUGGACAAAGCCUCAAACCGGAGAAGCAAAGAAAGCAGUUCUCGUUUGGAUCUACGGGGGGGCUUUCAAAGGUGGAAGUUCUUCUAUUGCUUUAUACGAUGGAGCAAAUAUUGCUGAUCAAGAAGACGUUAUCGUGGUUUCAUUCAAGUGAGUUUUGCCGAGUCUUCGUACCAUAAGAAGAGCACUAAUUCUAUCAAGUUACCGACUUUCGAUAUUCGGAUUUUCCGGAGACCCUGGAGGCCCAGGAAAUGUCGCCUUCUUAGAUCAAAGGCUGUAUGCACUUCCCCCUAUGUGCCAUAUUUUUGAACUCUUCUCUUAGAACCUGGGGAGCAAAUGAUUCACUUAUUGCUCUCGGCUUCUUGUUUUAACAUUUUUAACUUUAUACAGGGCAAUUGAAUGGGUCAGGGAUAAUAUUGCCAACUUCGGAGGUGAUGCUUCACGAAUCACAAUUUUCGGACAAUCAGCAGGAGCUGCAUCCGUUGAUUUCUAUUCAUAUGCAUGGAGAUCGGACCCAAUCGCUGCAGGAUUCAUUUCUGAAUCAGGAACAGUAUUCUCGUGGUCAUUGCCCGCCUCAAAGGCGGUCGCUAGUAAAGCAUGGUUUGAUACUGUCAGCAAUGCGGGAUGUGGAAACGCUUCCUCUGACAAUGCGACUAUAAUUUCUUGUAUGCAAUCUAAGAGCACAACAGAAAUCUUCAAUGCUUUGCCUGUUGUUACUGGAACUGGGGUAGUACUGGGAUCUUUUGGACCUUCCGUGGAUGAUACAGUGGUGUUUGCAAACUACACAUCGAGAGCGCCAGCGGCUUUGCCGUUACUUAUUGGCAGCAAUGGUAGGUUAUCCGGCCCGGGAAAUUUUUGGGCACAUUUAUAGAUGUGACUCAAUGUCUCACAGGUCCUUCUACUCCUGCUGGGAAGUAUAUACUGACUAAAUUUACAGAUUAUGAGGCAGGUUUGUUUCGAACACAGUUCGCGCUUAAUAAUAUCACCUACUCGGAUGCGGAUUGGGAUGCUUUUAAUCUUCAAGCAUUUACUUGUCCAGCUGGUAUUAGAGCAAACGCAAGUAUCGCUGAAAAAAUUCCUACCUUUAGAUAUCGUUAUAUGGGAGAGUUUCCAAAUAUCCGUAUAUCUGCAGAAUCUGGCGCCUAUCACGGCGCUGAGUUGCCAAUACUCUUCAAUACUGCACCUACCAAUCCACCUUCAACGGCAGAAGAAGUGUCAAUUGGCAACUACAUGCGCGGGGCCUGGGCGACUUUUGCAAAAGAUCCAGCAAAGGGACUGACAAACUAUGGUUGGCCGGCUUACGGCACGGGAGACUCGUUAGUAAGAUUGGGUUACAACAAUCUUACUGGGACAAAUGCCGUUAAUCCUUCGGUUUAUGAUGCCGAAUGUGUCAACUUUAACGUAUCGUCUUCGGAUUAUCAGGGUCUUUCUGGGAGUUCUGGUGCUGGGACACCAACAACACCUACUGUUAACCCAGGUUCAGGAGGUUCGCCCACAUCUAGUCCUACGUCAACUGCGUCGAGUAGUGCAGGGACCAAAAAAUCUGCAUCUUUAUUUGUAAUUAUUUUGGGGGCGGCGAUAUCGUGCAUCUUAUGAUAAUAUUUUGGGGGCUACUUAACGAGAAUAUAUGAUGGAUAUGAUCACAACCCCUUUUCUAGACGCCCUGCCGAUGUGAAUACCCGGGUGAAUACCUAAUUGGGUACUUGUAGUUUGCCAACGCAACAUCUGCGCUAAGUUAAUGGCCCCCAAAAGAGAAAGAAAACAAGGUCCCGUGUAAGGUGAAGUUACGGAUCUGGUUAGCGCUGAUGUUCCAUGAGGCAUCAUCCAUUUUCUGCAUGUUCACGGCGCUCGGGGUCCUGGAAGCCGACCAGUACUCGUACUCGUAGAACAUCCCUUCUUCUCCAUCAACGUAUUCAAGCAACCCCAUUGAAGAAACGGCAAAUAAACUACACACACAUCAGGACCUGAUAGAAAGGAAUCGGCCUACUUUCCGACCACUAUAGAGCUGCUGAGAGGGAUAUCGAUAUCAGGAGCCACAGUCUCCACGAGAAGGGAGGGAAAUACGAAUCACGUGAAGACGGUGCAGCGGAGCGGCUCUUUCGGGGAGAUUGUAUACGAAGAAGAGAUAUAUUGAAGGAAAUCUUAGAGGGCUGAAAGAAGAAACAGUGUGGGUAGUGGCUGGGAAGAAAACUUUUGGCUUAUGGCGACAAGCAAUGGUGGGACUGGAGGGAGAGAGGGCAGAGUUCCGGGAACGACUGGAAGUAUGACAAUAUUGACUGGAAGAGAAGACACCGUCACUCCCAACCCACCUGGCAUCUUACGAGAUCCCACCAUCGCUCCCCGGAAACUAAAUACUGAUAUCCCGGACAUUCUUCCGCAUGAACGAGUCUUUCAUAUACAGAUAGGAAGCGAGUUGUUCAGGCUUAGUGGUGCAAGUAUCAGUUCUGAUGGUAUGUGUCCUUUCGCUGUGCGAGUCGUUGAAGAAGAAACAAGACUGAGAAGCCUAGAGCACCUUCAUAUUUUUCCCAAUUUUUUCAGUGUCAGUUGAAGACCGCUGAAGAGAGUGGCGAGGAGUCGACUGGCGUGCGGACUUUAUACAUCGAUCGUGAUCCUGUUACAUUCCGGGAUAUCUCUCUGCAUCUCCUAGGAUACCACGUGGCUCCCAAGAAUGGAAGCCACUUUGUCAAACUAUUUGCCGAUGCACAGUUUUACAGCUGUAAGUGUUUCCCUAUAUGCUUAUGCAAUUCUAAAGGUUGUAGUGCCAAGAUUGAUAUCACAACUCUAUGAAGAGAGUAUCUUCAUCUCGAUCGGCCAUCGCGAUUUUCAGAUUCCAAAAGAGAUAUUUUCAGAUCCGGGAAAUAGUCCAAACUAUUUUUCUCUAGGGUUUGGAGUCUUCUUCACUACCCCCACAGAGGUUUUUCCCGGUCUAAAUCGAGAUGGACUUCUCCGACCACCUUCCAUACUGCCACCAGCUGUACCAAAUCGAUCAGCAGAAAUCUUUUCCGAGAUCCUUCACCUCCUACGCGGAUACCCUUUACAUAUCAGAAACGAAAAUCACCGAGCCGAACUAUUACGCGACUGCAAAUACUUUCAUCUCAAAGGCUUAGAACAAAAACUCAUCCGCCAUUCCAUAUCCUACAACCUUGCGAGACGAAAGAGCGAAAUCACACUUCGUCUAGAAGACGUCCGACAAUCUGGAAUUUCCGUGGUGACAGAUGCUGGACAAUCCCCACCACCUACAACGCCAGCCACUGACCUUCUCCCCAAUGCUCGACCGGGAUUAAUAGGCUAUGUGAAUUACGCACGACCAUUCGUGGAUCCAAAAGCGUACGAACUGGUCCUCGAAAUUGGAGAUGAAUGCACGAAAUUACAUUUCAAUUCUCACCCUGCAUCGAAUACCACCACAAUGCGAGCAGAAUUCUUUGGCGAUGGAAAGACGAGGAUAAGCAGGCUAUUUGAAGUCAUUGCCACAAAAUUAAAUCUCUCGACUUCACAGCCACUAGGUCUUCUCAUGAAAAAUGGAGGUGCAGCGUCACAACCUGCAUCACCAGGAAACACACCUCUCUCACACGAAGGAGAUCUCGUCCGCUGCAUCAUGGGAGACGAAGCAUGGGUGUGUCUAGAUGGGAAGGAGUGGAAGGGGAGAGGAGAGGAAGACGGGAGCAUCGCGUCUUUGAGUAUGGAAGAUGACCAUCCUCGUCUACCCAAAAGAAGACGCACAGAUGGCAGUCUAGUAGAGGAGCAUCAGAGGUGGAUCGUCAAGACUGGACAAUGGCGGUUGAAGGUGCAGCAGAAUCAUAGUCUAGGGGGUAAGGAGUGUGUGCUUGUUGCGGUGAAGUUGGAUGCUGUUUCUGGGGAGCUGGGAAGGAAUGCUCAGAGGGGGUUUUUGGGAAGUUAGGUGGUUGUCUUGCGCUUUUUGUGAUGUAAUGAUGAAGCAUCUGCUGAUUGGCUUUUGUGGGUGAUGGUUGACUUGUAUUUUAGUAUCUGUGUAUAUUCAAAUCUUUACCUAGGUAGUUAUGCCGUUAUAAUAAUCUCUCUUCCUA